AUGGCCAACGACGAAUACGACUUUCUCUUCAAAGUGGUGUUGAUCGGAGAUUCGGGUAGCUCCAAGUCCACCAUCGGCGUGGAGUUUGCGACUCGUUCGAUCCAGGUCGACUCUAAGACCAUCAAGGCACAGAUCUGGGAUACUGCUGGUCAGGAGCGCUACCGGGCCAUCACCUCUGCCUACUACCGUGGCGCCGUCGGUGCCCUCCUCGUCUACGAUAUCAGCAAGCACCAGACCUACGACAAUGUCAACCGGUGGUUGAAGGAGCUGCGUGACCACGCUGACUCUAACAUUGUGAUCAUGCUGGUCGGUAACAAGAGCGAUUUGCGACACCUCCGUGCAGUUCCCACCGAGGAAGCCAAGCAGUUUGCCAGCGAGAACAACCUCUCUUUCAUUGAAACUUCUGCCCUUGACGCCAGCAACGUCGAGCUUGCAUUCCAAAAUAUCCUCACAGAAAUUUACCGCAUUGUCUCCAGCAAGGCCCUCGACUCCGGUGAGUCUGGCCAGAACCAGCCCGGUGCCCGCCAGCCGGUCAUCGAUUUCACGCCCCAGGACAGUGAGCAGAAGCAGGGCUGCUGCUAG